UCGAUCAGCUGAUAGGUUGAUCAUUUGGAGAAGCACCAGCAUCGCAAUAGUACGUCGCUCUAAGAAUAUGAGUGACUUGGAUAUUUCAUGGAAUAUUUCAAAGUUAAAUUACGGUAAAUAGAUCCGAGACACGCAAGGCCGAGGUAGUUCGAGCUAGCUGACAACACAAAAAUUACGGCCAUCAAUUCAGGGACUGAUUCCAAAUUUAACUUUCGACAAAACCAGAGUGCAUUCUAUUCCAAUUUUCUAUCUAUCGUCGAGAAGUCCAGCUCCAAAAAGUUUAUGUCAGAGAUCGAGGACGCCUAACAUUGAUUUAUAAAAGUUGUUUUCAUUAAUGUUUGGAUUACAAAGAAGACACUUCUCAUUCCACAUGUCGAAGUCUCGAUGGUGCUAGCUGGUUUUUCAAAGGAAUACCGGGACGUUGGCUCUUUACACGACCAAGUAGGACAGAACGAGGAAGGUGCCGCAAUGCCACCGAAUGUUCAACCCAGAGCUUCGGCUACACACCCACCGAGCACACCGAGUAGUUUAGUACUGCGGGCCGAUUCGGAUGAAGAUCUUAUUCAGUGUGAUACCAAACUCAAAUGUGUUCUUGUUGGGGAUGGGGCAGUUGGAAAGACAAGUCUUGUUGUGAGCUACACAACAAAUGGGUAUCCAGUACAGUAUGUUCCUACAGCAUUUGAUAACUAUUCAGUUGUCAUAAGAGUUGAUGAAAAACCAAUCAAACUUCAAAUAUGUGAUACUGCUGGGCAGGAUGAUUUUGAUUCUCUGAGGCCCCUGUGCUAUCCUCAAACAGACGUCUUCCUGCUGUGCUUCAGCGUUGUCUCACCCACCUCAUUCCAUAAUGUCUUGGAGAAAUGGCUACCAGAGCUCAGACGUCACAACCCAAAGACUCCUAUCCUGCUGAUUGGAACACAGUGUGAUCUCCGUACAGAUGUUAACAUUCUCAUAGACCUUUCAAAACAUCAGGAACGUCCCAUCUGUGAAGAGGAGGCAUCCAUGCGUGCAAGUCGUAUCAAUGCUGUGGGUUAUAUUGAAUGCUCUGCUCUUACCCAGCACAAUCUCAAGGAAGUUUUUGAUGCUGUGAUAUUAACUGGACUAGAGUACACUAAACCACCUAAAUCAUCAAAAAGCCUGAGACGGAGAUUGAGUCGAAAAGAAAAAAUCCCACCUCCACCCAAGAGAGCACAGGACACAAAACCUAAAAAGAAAGGAACGAUCUGGAAAAAGCUCUGUUGUAUCCCAACAUGAGACCUGUUGUGAGUGUCCUCUUUCAAUGGAACAUUCAAGACUGUUCAUUACAGAAAAACGAACAUGCCAAAGCCGUAACUCAUUCUGCAAUUGUUAAUGUGAAUGUUUGAUGCUAAUUUAAUAUAUUUGUCGUCAUGCUGUGCAGAUGAAUACGCGGCCGAUUUUCUUUAUUGAUGUUGCAAUAUGUAAAGCACUAAAAUGAUGUUUUAAUAACAGAAAUGUAGCAAAGUACAGUUGUUUGCUUCCCCUGCUGUAUGCCUCUGUGGUUAGUCCAAACAUAGAGCUAUAGCUCUAUGGUCCAAAACAUUUUGUUGUAAAUGACUGCUGCUUGUUCAAAGGUACCUGGGAAAAUCUGGUUCUGUCUCAACAUCGGUAUGAUUUUGCAAAACUUGUGAGACCACAACAAAGAGUACUAUUAACUACAUGUUUUCAUGAAUUAAAUGGUCUAAGUUUUUAUUGUUUUGGCUUUCUUCUAUAUAUGUUUCGGCAAGAAUGCCAUGUUCUUUUAAUAUCAUCAGUUGUACUGAAAUAAUUACUCAUACAUGUACUCUAGAUUUUAAGUUGCCCUUACAGUCUGAUUUUGAUGGUCUAUUUAGGGCCCUGUUCCAUAAAGAAAUGUAAUCAAUAUUGUAGCUUUUUUUUCCAUGGUUUUCAUUGACAUAAAAUAACUAAAAUUAUUUUUACAGGGAACCAGAACACCACAUACAUGUAUGUGCUCAAACAUCAAUACAAACAAUUACUGUAAUUUUUUAAAUCAAACUGUAGCAACUGGUGUGAAACUAUAUGACGUUAAUAAUUAUCAGAAUUCCUAAUUCGGGAAAAAUUGUCGCACAUGUAUUUGUUUUUUAUUUUAAUUCAUGUUAUGUUUCUUGCUCUGUUGUAUAUAUUUAAGAGAUUAUUUGAAAUUAUAUAUCUUUAUAAAGAGGACCACAUGUUUGCAUAAAUCAUCUUAAAUGAAAAAUAAAAAAAAACAAUUCAGAUGCUCAGAACAAGUAAUACACUGUAUGGUAUUGCUUUCAAAUAUUAGUGCAACUGAGCAAACUUCUGCGUCAUGGCAUUGAUGUUACAUGUACUUCUAGUCAAAUGAGGAAUUUCACUAGUAACAUUAGUAUGUACUUCCUAAUAUACUAUUAUGGAAAAUUUUGAUAUGCUUUUGAUGAGGUUACUACCAGUGAAGCUUCAACAGCGAAUGGAAUUAUAAUACAAAAAAAUAUUAAGUGUAUAAUACCAAAAUUUUGAGUAUUAAGUUUAUACUACCAUAAUUUUUACCCCAUUUGGCACAAUCAGAAUAACUUAACGGAUUAUGAAAUAAUCAGUCUGUAUUGAUUUUAAUUUUUGUUCUCAAUCAUAUAUAUGUAAAAUUGUACACCACCAUAAAGUUUCAAGGAUGGUUGUUCAUUUUCUUCUACACACUUUUAUUUUGAGCUCAGAUUUAAUCACUUCCCAUGCUCUCCGAUAUUCAGUUAUAUCACAAUUUUUUUCGGGCAAUAGAUAGUAAGACAGAUAUUGGUGAUGAGCUCAUUCCUUCUACAAUCAUUUAAACAUCACACAAGGUUACACAACAAUCUUUCCUUUAUUUCUCAAGUGAUUGUAGACAAUAGCUCCCCCUACCUGGAUAGGGUCAUUGUUCACAUUGUUGGUAUUUUAACAUCAAACUAUGGAGGGUUGAGGUUUUCCUUUUUCCAUGCAUAGCCACCCACCAUUUAUAGGUUGUAUGAAUUUGUAGACCACCCAGUUAAAACAUGGAGCUCAUGAUUAAAAGUAAAAUGAACAAAAAAUGAACUUCUGAAUUAGGAACUUGGAAAAGAAAAAAAUCUGAAAUUAUCCUAUCUGUCUCUCCUUUCGAAAUAAAGUUGAUCCCAUAUUUCCUGUCACAUUUUGAUAAAUAUACUUUGAGAUCAAGUUUGUUUGAACCUGUGACAGUGAGUAAUGGUUUUUGCACAAUAUGAAAUAAAGAACAUGGCAUAUACUUUACAUGCAUGUUCUCUCCCCUCCCUAACAAGACUUCAGAAGGUUGAUGUUGGUAUCUCUGUAAUAGCUCCAUGUUGGUAUCAUUGUUCCGCUAAGACUACAGAGCGUUUUUAUUGACUAUCAAAUAAAACUGAAUUGGAUUUAUUGCA